GAUGACAAGUAAAGGAUUUUGUGUCAAAAUUUAUUUUGAUCUUCACAUUAUAAAUUGUCCAGGUGUUUGGUUGUGUCCGAAUGGAACAGUAGCGUUGCAAAUAAACAGCCUUAACUCUCACAUAGAAUCUCGAAAAGUCACACCAAGUUUUCCGCUUGUGCUUGACGAAAAGUUUCUCUUCAAAAAAAUAUUUACUGAAGUCGGUACACUGACGGAGCUCGAGUGUUGCCUAGAAAAGGAAUUUUUUUACGCUGAGCUGAUCCAAUGGCCCUCUUCAGAGGACAAAGGAGUCAUUUUAGCGACGUUUGAAACUAAUCUGGUUGAUCUUCUUUACCCAGCUCCUUGCUACAGGGGAUUAAUGUCUGGUGUUGACGUUGACUUACUCAUGGAACCGACUAAAUUUUUUCCUGGAAUUAUAGCGCCUAAGAUAGAAGUUUCUACGCGGACAGUGAUAGAAGAAAUAGGAAUCUGUGGAGUAGAUGUUGCGAAGAAUCAUAUUAUCAAUCCGAAAUUAAUAAAUUCAAAAGGAAGACCGUGUAUUCACCGAAAACGACCUACUGAAGGUAUUCUUCGCCAGAAGAAAGUUUGUCACACUCAGGGAAGAAUAAAAUCACCGACGCAGCUAUGCGCAUGUAGACAUCAAGAAUAUAGAGUUAAUGAAUUAGUAGCAUGUCCAUCAGCUACACAGAGUGAAACUCACGUAAAUGACUGUUACCAAAGAUCAUUGCGAAGAAACAUUAAGCAGACAAUCUCUUAUCCUUGUAAAGAUUCAAUUCUUGAUUGCACUCCAAUCCAGCAAUUUCACGACUUGGAUGACUGUCCAGUUUGCUCAAAAUAUCAGAAUUACUUUUCCAAGGGUUCUCGAACAGAUGCCACUCUGAGAAGUACUGAUAGCCGCAAGGAGGCUUCUUAUGGAUCUUGCGACGUGGCUAAUUGCACUGAACACUCUUCAGAGUCAUCAAUAUCAGCGAUACGAAAAAGAGUACAAAGUUUAAAUAAAGAAUAUAAAUUGCUUAAUUAAUUGCUUAAAAAUUUUAAUUAAUACAAUAUUGACUUCAGGUAAAUAAGUAAAACAAUAACAUUUAUCAAUUAUUGUAUAAUUAUUUUUUCUUCAUUGUUACCAAACAAUUUUUUCU